UACCGUGGGACUGAGGGGAGAGAGUGUCAGGCUGUUUCCUGCUUUAGUGUUUGUCGCCAUUUUGUGGCUUAAACCAUCAACUCAAGUCCAAUUUUGCUUGCGAGGGGAGUCGGCGAUGUGGAGUUUGGUUCGGAUGGAGUUUUGAGGCUGGUCCUGGCUGUGACAGCAAGGAUUAGCUUCCCAAGUGCCUGGCUUCCUCUUCUGUGUGUGUGUCUGCCUGCCCAGCCUCUCUCUCUAGUUCUGCACCCCCCUCUCUCCACUGAGGGGGCCGACAGGUGAUGAGUUAUCUACCACUUACCGGUCCCACCAACCCACCUUACACCCCGGGACCAGCCAUUAGCAUCUGCCCGCCCGCCUGUGAGACGGGGACAUCCUUUACAAUCCAGCUGGGUUUAACCAGAGAGUCUGUUUUACUUCCAUCCAGCGGCGACAACAGCCUGGCCAGAGUCAAGGAGCUCGCCUGCUCUAUCGUGGACCAGAAGUUCCCAGAAUGCGGUUUCUACGGGAUGUACGACAAGAUCCUCUUGUUCAGGCACAACAUCGAGUGCAACAACAUCCUGGAGCUGGUGAGGGCGGAGAGCGACAUCCAGGAGGGCGACCUGAUCGAGGUGGUCUUGUCCGGGGCGGCGACCUUCGAGGAUUUCCGGAUACGACCUCACGCUCUCAACGUCCACUCCUACCGCGUGCCGACCUUCUGCGACCAUUGUGGAGAGAUGUUGUUCGGCCUGGUGAGGCAGGGCCUCAAGUGUGAUGGGUGCGGGCUGAACUACCACAAGAGAUGUGCCUUUAGCAUUCCCAACAACUGCAGCGGUGCCCGCAAGAGAAGACUCUCCAACACCUCGCUCUCUGGAUCCUUCAACUCAAGAUUGUCAGUCACUGAUUACCUGACGACAUCGAGCGAUGGCCAUUCGAGGAACCUGACGGAGAUGUUGUCCACGAGGCGAGUGACACUGGGAACGCACGUGGGUCGACCCAUCGAGCUGGACAAGAUGUUCCUGAGCAAGGUCAAGGUGCCGCACACGUUCGCCGUUCACUCCUACACUCGCCCCACCGUGUGCCAGUACUGCAAGAAACUGCUGAAGGGGCUGUUCCGCCAAGGCCUGCAGUGCAAGGAUUGUAAAUUCAACUGUCACAAGCGGUGUGUGGAGAAAGUCCCCAACGACUGCUUGGGCGAAUGCAGCAGCAACAACGGAGACCUGCUGAACCCGGGCCUUGAUGCUGACAUCAACAUGGAGGAUGCGAAUGACGACGGAGACAUGGACAAGACCCUCACUCCAGAAGAUUCCGACGAGGCCCCCAUGUCCUCCGGCAUCUCCGAGAACGGGUUCCCGGGAGAGGACGACCCCACCAGAAUGCCCAGUGAACCCAUGGCCUCCAACAUUCCACUGAUGCGAGUGGUGCAGUCGGUGAAGCAGACCAAACGCAGGUCCAGUCUAACGUCAAGGAGGCUGGCUCGUCCACUACAGUAACCGCGACGCUCUGAGGAAAAGACAUUACUGGAGGAUGGACUGCAAGUGUAUCACCCUCUUCCACAACGACACAGGCAACAAGUACUACAAGGUGAGCUGGACAUUGACUGGACAUGCCUAC